AUGACACCAGCACCAGGUGAGCCUAUAGAGAGGACGGAAACCGCAGACGAAUAUGGCCGACGCGAGGGUUGCUUCAGAAACCAUAGACGGCACCCGUUUACCUUUCAAUCUCAUGUGACAGAUAUCCAGGGCACGAAAGAGACUACCGGAAACGAUGGAUUUAUAACCCAGCUGGGAUUGAAGAUGGUGCCUCUCCCAAAACCGCAGCUGACGGGAGAUGUAUUUGACGAGCAUCAGCGAUACCGGGAGAGUCUCGAGAAGCUUCUACACGAUUCACCAUCAAAAAUUUUCCUAUCAGCUACCAACACGUUUAUAAAAGAACUUUUUAUCCCUGUAAGCGAACUCGACCUGGGACCAUGUUCUGAGAGCGAUCUCCAAGAGUACCUACACCAGGUUCAUACCAAGAGAUACGGCAAUCCUUGCAAGCAAUGGCUUCCACUGGCUAGCAUAAGAACAGAUAUGGAUGAAGGUUUAAGCUUCCCUCCCUCGCUCAGCCAGUUAUGGGAGCUUCUACGUCGAGAACUGGACAUAGAUGAACCGAUUUUAUCAGAUACCGCCACCAAUCUUGUGCGAGAACAGAGCAAAUCCCUGACAGCUUCAGAAUAUAAGGAUUUACUUCUGGAACAAGCAAAAAUCAAGCCUUAUCAAUACAGCUGCCUGGAUCCUCUCUCGCCCCCCUUGUCUCCAGUAUCCGACGACGACGCACCGUUCAUUCCUGAUGGAGACGUGGCAGUUAUUGAUCUUGUGUCUGAACCAAGUAGCCCUGGCCGAGCUACCAUCGAAGCUAUUCAACACGGCAUGGACUCAGAUCCUAUUAUUUCGUCCACUUUCAUGACAUCACCAUCCGGUGGAGAGUUACCUCAACUCAUUCAAACGUGCCACACUGUGAUCCAAGAGGCCAAAGUUGAAGCUCCUGUCGUCCAUAUGAGCUCUGAUGCCUCAAAUGAAGGCAAUGUUUUCACGGAUAUCUGCCUGCCUCUGAUUGGUGAUAAUGGCGAGGAAGUUUCCAACUCACUCGAGCAAAUGGGACAUUUUGAUGAUGCUUUCAUGACACUGCUUGAGGACCGACGUUAUUAUGCUGACCAAUUGGUGAACCAAGAACGUGUCCAUCAAGAUGAUUCCAUAUCUCGUAUUUCCGUCCCUCUGCUUGAUUUCGAAAUCCGGCCCCCCGAAUGGGCUAUUCACCAUUUCACUGCGAAGACACAUUUUACAUUUUUGAGGAAAAUCAAGUCUCGUUGUUUUGAUCUCCUGCCAGUCCCACGGGAUCCAAUAUCAGAAACUUCUCUAAGAUGGGCAGUUUUUCCGCUGGAGAAACGGCAGCCCAUAAUGGUGGAUGAAGUUGCAGUACCGGAUGACAUAAUUACAAAAUAUCUUUCCUAUGAACCUACCUCUCUUUUAAGUAGCAUUGACUUCGUUUUGAUAAAUCCAGACUUGGAUGUCCUAUGCCUUCGAGACGACGAAGAAAUCGAAUCAUCUUUCUUAUUAGACUGUGAAGCGGACGCAUCGCCCCCGGCUAGCAUUCAGCAGUUUGGGAGCCUAGAUAGGAUCAACUCAGAGCAACCAAACCAAACGAAUAUCUCAGAAAACAAGGAUUUCACAGAUCCGAGUCAUCCAAUUCGUAGGAAAUUCGACGAUGAGGCCGCAAGGCUCUUACCGAAUUCCCACGACACGAGUGCGACGAGCAUCCUUCUCCAUAACUUUAUGGAGCUCAGAGGCAUCAAAAGACCGCGUCUCAAUACAGAUACUUCUUUAAUGCGUCAACGCACAGGUACUUCACCAACUAUAACUGGGAACGAAGCAUCAGCAACCAGCAAUUCCGGAGCGGCACCUCCAUCGAUGGCUGAAGAGAUGCCUCUGGCGCCGAUUCCUAACUUUGAGAUACCAUCCGAGAAGGCGUCUUUUAUCAUUUCGGUUGAUCUUGCUAGGCCUAUAUUGAGACGAUUGGAGAAUAUGUGGACUCCCGAGAAAUUGAUUGAUAUGGACUUUUCGCGUCACGGCACAGCAGUCUGGCUACCAGGGGCUGCUCAGCCCAAAGGGUCUCCCUCGCCUUUGAGUUUUGAAGCUGAUAUAUCCCUCUCACCUGGUACGGGAAUCAUCAUCACGAAUAUUCUCAAGGUCAGGCAGCGGCCUCUUCCAGGCUCGCAGUCUCAAGCCCAAUUACGAGAACGCGUGAAGAAUGUGAGCCAGAGGUAUGAAAAUCUGAUCGUCCUGGUGUCGGAGUCGCAAUCCAGGGGAGAAUAUAUGGGGACACUGGCUCCAUCAGAUCUAGCAGCUUAUGCCGAUUUCUUGAGUUUCGCGGUUGCGCUAGAUGGGGAUAUUAAUGUACAUUUUAUCCCCGGAGCUACAGACACAAUGGCUUCGUGGGUUCUGACUUUUAUGUGCCAACAUUCUGCUAAAUCUCGAGCAAUAUCGAGAUUUCUAUCUUCUGAAGACACUCCGUGGGAAAUGUUCCUCAGACAAGCGGGUAUGAAUGUUACUGCUGCCAAGGUACUUUCCAAGACGCUUUUCGAACAGGCUGGAGUAUCGGGACUGGCCCUGUUUCUCAACAUGCAAGUGUCAGAACGGCUUGUUAGAUUUGGACCAUUGCUAGGUGGAGAAAAGUUGUUGCUCCUGACAGCAAAAGCAUUAGAUCGAAGAUGGGGAAAUUAA